GACAGGGUGAGGAGGAGAGUGUGUUAGUGAAGCGGCGCAGUAACCAACUACAUUGCCCGCGAAAGACGCGCACGGUGCCCGAAAAAUGUCCCUGAACUCCAAAGUGGAGAGAAAAACGGACAUACAGUGUCUGAAGACCGGCGAGUUCGACGUCGAGAGCGGCGAUAGCAAGAAAAAUUCGUUGUCAGCCGCCAUCUCGGCCACAUCCAACCAAAAUGGCGAUCAGACUGGAUGUGAAGACGGUAUAAUGCCCGAACAAGAAGCCUCUGAGCGGCGGAGGAGCGGGCAGACGGACGCAAGAAGCUCCAAUAAUUCACCGUUACCCGGCCAGAAACCGGCUGAACAGUUGCCAAGAAGAAAUUUUCAGAUCCCGAGGAAGAUCAAGGAACGGAAAGGCCUGUACCAGUUUCUGCCCCCUGACUCCCGGGAGUUUGAGGGCCUUAUGAAGAUCCUGUCCUCCUUCUACCUGGAUGCAUCAUCCAGAGGGACAUUUUCCUACAGCAAGGCCAGGCUCAUUCACAAUGAGCUUCUAGAAAAAGAGUUCAUUGAGAAGAGGAGGGAGCUAAAGCAGGAGGGCCGUACAGACCCAGAGUUGGUGGAGUCCUACUGCUUCCUGUUCCCAGACAAGUCGAAGCUCCCGUGGAUUUGUGAGAAGGGUCUGUCUGUGGGACACUCAAGGAUCACUACACUAGGAAAUUCAGCAAUGGGUGUUUAUCUGUCCAAAUUCUCUGAUUUGCUGCAAAUGAACCCGUUUGAAGCAGGCACCUGUGGAGACAUUGUCAUAUUUAAAGUCAUGAGGGGCCGGCUGAAGAGCAUCUUUGAGAACAUGCCUAAGAGUGUCCUGGACCCCACGCCCAAGUUUGACUGUCACGUCUCCAAGAACGCCACACGGGUCACCUCCCUGCUGUCGUACAGGGCCUUUGAGCUCACGCAGCAGUAUUUCUAUGAGUUUGCUUUUGAUGAGAUCAAGUCUCGGCCCAGGCAUGUGUGUCCAUAUGCUGUGGUGUCCUUCCAGUACAAAGGCAAGGAGUCCGCUGCUGCACCUAUGGCUGCACACAGGUUCAACAGCACUGUCUGUGAAGGAGGAAGCAGAAGGUGGAGUAGCUACACUGUGUGGAGUGGGCCACUGGUGAAUAAGGGACAGGAGGUGUGCCAGGUGUCUCUGCGCUCCUCAACACGCCAUUUCCUCCCUUUCAAACUAGCGGAGAAGUUGGAGAUGAGUAUGGGGAUGCAGCUGGACCAGGUGAAGAGGAGGAUUCCCUCUGUUCUCUUUUCCUGGGACACCUACAGCAGAACACGAGAAGUGCUAAAGUGUGGGAUGUACUGCAGCCUGUUUGAGGUGGUGGAUGCAAAGGGCAAGGCAAGCAGCAGCACUUUAUCAGGACUCAUACACAAACUGGAGAGAGAGAGGAUGGUGCUAGUGAAGCCUUUAGUUGACAAAGGCUUUCUCUUCCUCCUGUCAUCUACUCAGAUGGUCAAUCCCAAGGAACGUCAGGGGCGAUUUGAAAAGAGCCUGCAGGCACUGUUUGUCUUUCAGGAGUCCAGGGGAGUCAUUAAGUACAAGCAGGAGCCCCUGUCAUCCGAUCCUCAGCUCCCCCUCCUGGUCUCCAUGGAACCCUUCAUCCCAGCCCUGCACUACGCCCUGCUCAAGAUGCGCUCCGCCCCCGACAACAAGCACCUCAGCACCGGGGUGGAGCGCCAGGCCCUAGACUACCUGACCAGGAGGGACAGCGGCCGGGCCUUCCUUGUCCCAGAGUACCAACAGAACCUGGACGAGAGGGGUAACAUGCACCCCGCGCCCCGUCCCAAAUCCAACAUGGAGGGCCUGCUACGCUCCUACCUGCAUGGCCCCUCCUCGGCCUAUGUCCUCCCCAUGGUCAAGGCCAGGGACAUGAUGGACAGGAUCAACCAGCCCCCGCCUGCCCCGGCCCCCACCACCACAGACUACAGCCCUGUGUCAGACUGGGGGGGCUCAGGAGGGUCGGACAGACCAGAGAGGCAUCCUCCAGAGAGACCAGAGAGCAGUAGCAGUAGGAGGAGAGGGGGGCCUACCCAGGCCCAUUCUAACGGGGCUGCAGCAGGGACAGGGGCCCCACCCCAAAGGUCCAGGCUAGCCCAGAGUGAGUAUGAUAAGGACAAGAUGAAACAGCUUCUGAAGCUGAUCCAGCUGCAUAAGAAGGCCCUGGUGAAGGAGCCAGGGGGGAAGGAGAGGGCUGAGGGGGGUGACGACGGGGGCUGGGAGGGCCCCCACGGCCUGAAGAGGAAACUAGAGGAGGACGAAUCAGGGGCCAUGUAUAAAUACCUACGGGGAGCCCACUUCAGCAACGGAGAGCCCAGUAGAGUAGCCCAGGGGGAGGAGGGGGAGGGUGGGAACUACAACCUGGCAGCAGUAAUGGAGAGUAUGGGGAUCUACGACACUAACCUGAGGGACAGGGGCAACUCCUCCCAGGCCUCCUCGUCCAACGAGACCCAGCGCCUGCUCAAGAUCCUGCUCUCAACCCUCAACAAGGCCAUGGCCCAGGGUGCUGCCGCCGCCGACCUGCCCGACCAAGGGGAGCCCGCCACGGGCACGGCCAGCGCGGAGAAGCCCCUGGCUGGAGCGCCGUACGCAGGGCGAGUGGAGCAGGCCCGACAGGACUACCUGGAGGAGCAGAUGGUGAGCAGUCUGGCCAGUCCCUUCAGCCCCGGCUCUCCAGGAGAACAACCCCACACCUCAGAAAACCCACCACUCACCUUGGAGCUGGCCUCUCACACAGACAAACCUAUCCCCUUCCUUGAUGCUCUGAAUGACGGCCACCUGGAGCAGAGGGGAGGUCUGGGGGGGUGUGAGAGAGGUCCGAGUGGCGCCUCCCUUGAGCGGGAGACUGUUACGAGGGAAGCCUCUCUAGAGAGCAUAGCCAGGGGGGCUUCCUUGGAGAGGGCUCUGAGGGGAGCCCCUCUGGAAAGGGACAAGGUUCUUAGAGGAGCCUCCCUGGAAAGUGAGGGGGUAGCCAGGGGCACCUCCCUAGAGAGGGACAGCAGGGUGGAGAGGCCAGCCAGGACAUCCAGCACUCUGGACACCAUCGUUAGCCAGGAGCUCCACUGCCUCUCCAACUCCAUCCAGGGCCUCAUGGAGACCCAGAGGAUCUACUACAACUCCCAGCUGUCCCCACGGCUGCCCCCGCGCCACACCUGGCAGCCCAACAGCUCCUUCUCAGACUUUGUGGCACCCUAUGUCGUGUCUGUCCCUGUCCAGGGCCACGUCAACACCCUGUGUGAGAGGAUGGGCCGACUGGUGGCCAAACCCUGCCACACUGACUCUGCUAAAGCACCUGGGGCUCGUUCUACCCUCUGUGCUCCCCCCACUGCUGUGCCACCCCCUCCACAUGGCCUCACCCCCGCCCCUCCCAUGCCCUCUCUCCUUCCCCCCAUCCCUCACCUUCCACCCCCACCUGCCCUUGUCCACUCCCCUGCACCCAUCACGUCCCCCACCCCCAAGCAUGUCCCCAAAAACAAAGCACAGCCCCCUCAGGAUAAGAGCGCCUCUUCCUCCCAGAGCCGGCACAAACUGGGCACGGUCAAACAGCCACACAAGACCCCCUCCGCAGCACAGAAGCCCUCCAUGAAGAGGAAGUUCGAGCCAUCUGCCUCAGAGUGUGAGAUCUACUCCCCCUCCCAGGCCACCAUGGGCUCCCCAGAAUGCACCUCCACCCGGCCUAAACAAGCCCCUCUCUCAGCCGCCUCUCCUCUGACCCCGGCCUCAGCCGCUGGACUACUGAUAGGCCAGCUGAAGCCUGAGGUGUUCAGCAGCCUGGUGGAGAUCUUCAAGGACGUGCAGAAGAACACGGUCAAGUUCUACAUCCACUCUGGAGAUAAGGAGGAGGAGAGUGACAUCUGUGUGGAGAUCAAGGAGUACUUGAUGAGCCUGGGCAACACAGAGUGUAACCCCCAGACAUUCCUGGAGAAAAACAGCAGUCUGGAUAAGCUGCUCAUCAUCAUUCAGAACGAGGACAUCUCUUCCCACGUUAACAAGAUCCCAGCCCUGGUGUCGUUGAAGAAGCUGUCUAUGGUGAGCUUUGCUGGAGUGGACAGUCUGGACGAUGUGAAGAACCACACCUACAACGAGCUCUUCGUCUCCGGAGGAUUCAUCGUAUCUGACGAGUUUGUCCUCAACCCAGACUUCAUAACGCACGACCGGUUGCAGGCAUUCCUGGGGUUCCUAGAGGAGCAGAGCUCUCCAGAGAACCCCUGGCAUUGGAAGAUCCACUGUAAGUCCCAGAAGAAACUCAAAGAGCUGGGCAGGUUAAACAGUGAUGCCAUGGCUCUUCUGAACCUGCUGACAGCCUAUCAGAAGAAGCACCUGGUGGAGUUCCUGCCUUACCACGAGUGUGACGCCCAAUCACGUCAGGCCCCUGAUCUAGACUGCCUGGUCAAGCUCCAGGCUAACCACACCCAGCACCGCCAUAUCAUCUUCCUCACAGAGAGACGGUUUGAGAUGUUCCUGCAGUACUCCAGGAACGGCAUAGUGAUCGCCAACAUCGAUGACAUCAUGACAAGUUUCCACAGCCUGAUUGGCUCCAGCGAUCAGAACGAGCUGCCCACACCGCCCUCUACUGUAGUGCAUGACGAGUGUGUAGAAGAGGAAGAUAUGUCGCUGGACUCUGAUGAUGACACCCACAACCAGGUUAUCGCCGAGCCCCCUGCCCAAAGCCAGGACGGGGGAGCAGGAGGGGGCAUGGGGGACCCGACCCAGCAGCCCCCCUUACCCGAGUCAGACAAUUUCCGCCCCCCUCUUCCCGACCAGCUCAACACCCCCGGCCGACACACACCCUCCUCCCUCUCCUACUCCAGCGGCACCCCCAACCUGUCCGACUUCGCUGCUCUCAAAUCAGCCAUCUCCCAGUUCAAAGCCUCUAACCAGGUUGGGAGGGCAGGCUUGGCGGACAUAGGCAGCACUUCGCCAGGAGGGUUUGCUGUCAACCCCCACCAGAGCUUCCUGUGUCCCUCCACCCAGUGGGUAUCCUACUCUGGCUCCUCCGGCUAUGCGGCCUCCCCGGCCUACCCCGCCUCGCCCUGCAGCAGCACCCAAGAACAGGACUACAGACACCCAGCCACAGUACCUACUACAGCCCCAGGCUCCACUCUCACCACAGGGCCUCUGACCAGCCAGGUCCCCCUCACCCUACCAGACAUCCCCCAGCCUCUCCCUCCUCCACAUCUCAUGUUGGGUGGGACUCAGUCGUUUAGCCUGCCUGGCUCUGAUACUGGAGCAGUAGGGGUUGGUGUUGGAGCAUCCUUCUCUAUAGCCAGCAGCACUAGCACUCUGCCAAGCACAGCCAUAGAGGCCUCUUCCUCUUCUCCAUCCACUGCACUUACAUACUCAGACCCUACUGUGGCCUCCACAGCCUCCUUAGGCCUGGGAUAUUCUCAGAGUGAAAUGGCCCAGCUCGGCUACCCGGAAGGGGUCAGCUCCAGCGCUAAUGGGACCCCCAACCAGCAGGGGGACAGGACACACGGUGGGCCCGGGGAGAGCCUAUGGGGGUUAGGAGAAGGAACCCCUAACAGCCAGGGAGGGACCACGCCUGGCUCUGUCUCCCACAGCGGUCUCACCCAAAGCGGGGAGAGGGAGAGGACAGGCACUUCUGGUGGCAGUACCCCUGGAAGUCAGGGGGGCCGGACUCCAGUGAACAGUGUAGAAAGCCUUGGAGCGGGCAUGGCUAUUGCCUCUAGCCACCGGCGGUGCUCAAUAGCUAGGCCCAUGCUGCCCAUCCAUGAAGGGACUGGAGGUAGUCGAGGCGGCGCGGCCAAUGUCCAUCCACUCAGCGAUGGUGGCUACGGCUGUAUAGGUGCCAUGCCUGGACAGAUGGAUGGGGGUAUGGGACGCGGGAGCAUUGGUCCCAUGGGCAUGGGUCCCGGGUCGUUAGGGGGGUACCGAGGUAGAGGAGCCCCACCGGGAGGCCCCUGGCCCAGGCCAGGGGGACAAGAUUACUACUCAGAUUACAAAUACUCACACAACUACUCCCCCUGAACAGACAAUCAUAAUUAAAGAGGGGGUAAUGGACACGCCACACUGGUAGAGCUGAAUGUACAUAUUUACUUGUCAUAAACACAUUGAAUUGAUACUGGACAAAAGGAUCGUGUUUUUUUACAAAUAAAUUUGAUACAGGCAGUGCCGAGUGUCAUUACUGUCGUGUAUAAACGUAUGCUCUUUACAUGUGAGCCGUUUCAGACCCCUGUUCCAACCACUAUAUUUAUAAUUGCCAAGAACUGUAAUGGCCUUCCACACUUUUUGGUUUUGUUUUAUUUUUUGGUUUGUUUUUGGUUUUAGAACGGUUUGUGAACAAGGGGAAAAGGGCAGGCUAUUUUUUUAAAGAAAAAAACUUAAGUGAAAGGCACUCACUUUUCGCUGUUGGUUUUCUUUUUUACAUCCUUGGUUGUUCAAAGAAAAAUAUCUAUUAAAAUAAACAUGUUUCAAAUCA